AUCCUGACGUAGGACAUUUGUUUGAAUUUUCAUUUGUGUGCUUAUUUACUGUUCAUAGACCGGUCCAACGUACGGACGGAAAUUUAUGACGGGAUACCUGUCAUCUGUGGGGGUUAAAGUUGGUGAAUCCCGAGUUGGAAGGAUCCUCCGGUCCGUCCAUCAACCUUACAACGAGCUGCGUCGUGAGGGAGCUAGAAACCUGAAUCCAGUCCCUUAUCAUGCCGAUUAUACUGGCCAUAAGCUGCAUAUGGACCAAAAUGAGAAGUUAGGCAUGUUUGGCGUUACCCAUGUGUUGGCUGUGGACGGGUUCAGCAGCAAAAUUGUUGCAACAUCGACAAUGCCUGUGAAGAACAAUCUUGUCAUCUAUGAGAGGGUUUACAGGGAAGCAGUUGUCAACUAUGGGAUGUGGGAUCAGGUUAGAGUGGAUCACGGAAAGGAGUUCUACUUAACACUGUAUAUGCAGGAGAAGUUGGCUGACCACCGACACAACACCAACAGACUCCCUUACCUUCAGACAACAUCUUCAAAGAACCUUCGUGUAGAGAGAAUUUGGCCAGAGGUCAACAACAGGGUAAAUUAUCCGAUCAAACAGGCCCUCAUCCACCUACAGGACCAGGAACUGUUGGACAUGCAGGACGACAUGACCAAAUUCUGCGUCUCUAAUUUGGCUUGUCAAGUCAGUGCAAUUGGACUUGCCCGAGUUGUGCAGUCCUGGAAUGCACACAGAAUACCAGGCAGAGGGAUACCAAACAACCUGGCGGCUGCUGGGUGUCCAGCUCGCUGCCCUGCUGAGCUGCUACCCAAUGCAACUGAGGCAGCACAAGCGUAUGAGGAGGAGCUGGGGUCAUCUCUGACGUGGGUGUCAGCCUUUGGCUCUGACCCGUUUCCCUCUGAGGACCAGCGAGGUGUUGCGGAGCAACUGUUUGGGGAGAGGUUCCCAGACCUAUCCCAACUGUUUGAUACAGUGGUCAACCAGGACUACACCAUAUUUCAAGAGGCAAUGCUCCAUCUCAUUCAUGUGUCCGACAUGCAUGCAGUGUAA